UUUGGCGUUGAUUCCGCCGCAGAGAGCCGACUGUUUUUGUUUGCUGUUAAUUGUUGAUUAUUGUUUGUGAUUUGUUGUCAUGGGCAUAACGGGCCUGAUACCGUUCCUGGAGAAGGCAUCGGCCAGGGUGCAUCUGAAGGAUAUGCGCGGCAGCACCGUUGCCGUGGACACCUAUUGCUGGCUGCACAAAGGCGUCUUCAGCUGUGCCGAGAAAUUGGCCCGUGGCGAGGAUACCGAUCUCUAUGUGCAAUACUGCCUAAAGUAUGUGCAAUUGCUCGUCUCGUACAAUAUUAAACCCAUACUGGUCUUUGAUGGCCAACAUUUGCCGGCCAAGGCGCUGACUGAGCAGCGACGACGCGAAUCGCGUCAACAGAGCAAAAAACGGGCCGCGGAACUGUUGCGAUUGGGUCGUGUGGAGGAGGCACGCUCCCAAAUGCGUCGCUGUGUGGAUGUCACCCACGAGAUGGCUCUGCGCCUGAUCCACGAGUGUCGCGAACUCAAAAUCGAUUGCAUUGUGGCGCCGUACGAGGCAGAUGCACAAAUGGCCUGGCUAAAUCGGGCGGGCAUCGCCCAGUAUAUUGUGACGGAGGAUUCGGAUCUGACGCUAUUCGGUGCCCAGCGAAUCAUAUUCAAGUUGGACUUGAGUGGCGCUGGUCUGCUCGUAGAUGCAGAGAAGCUUCAUCUGGCCAUGGGGUGUCGCGAGGAGCGCUUUCAAUUCGACAAGUUUCGACGCAUGUGCAUCUUAUCCGGUUGUGAUUAUCUGGACUCGCUGCCGGGCAUUGGCCUGGCCAAGGCAUGUAAAUUUAUGCUAAAAACCGAACAGGACGAUAUGCGUAUUGCAUUGAAGAAAAUACCACAAUAUCUCAAUAUGCGCAAUCUGGAGGUGGAUGAUGCAUAUAUCGAGAAUUUCAUGAAAGCGGAGGCCACCUUCAAGCACAUGUACAUCUACAAUCCGCUGGAGCGGCGCAUGGAGCGUCUGAGCGCUCUGGAAAACAAUGAGACUGAUGAAAGCUACUGCAGCAAUGCUGGGUCAUUGCUGGCAGAUAACGAACAAGCCUUGCAUUUAGCCCUGGGCAAUCUGAAUCCGUUUACGCUCAAGCGUCUAGAUAAUUGGCAUCCAGAUCGCGUGGAUGCCACGAAGCCAGCAAAGCACAUAAAACACAGCAAGCACAAAAGUAUCUGGCAAAGCAAUAGCCACCAAGAACUUGUCGAGCAGCCAAAGGAGACAAAGCAAACAUCAUGUGCAUUGUUCUUCAAGAAAGUGGACUUUGUCGGCCAAACUAUAGAUGACGAGAUCGAAGCCAAUCAGCGCCAGGAACAAGCGAAACACACCGAAGCUGAACUCUUCAAUAUAUACAGUUAUACGGGCAAACGCAAGCGUAGUCCUGAUGAGAAUGCAACGCCUCCGGCAUCGCCCGUGCACAGCAAGAGUCGCCACUCGAAUCCGUUUGCCAAGGAGACACCACGUUCGCCGAUCGUCUGUGAAAAUGCAUCAUUGCUGCGACUGCUUAGUCCAAAGAAAUCGAGCGAGGACCGUUCGACGCGAGUAAAUGCGCUAAAGCGGAGCAUAUUCACCCAGGAGCAGCGAGUGGUGGAGGUGCGUAGUCGCUUCUUUGGAGCGCCACAAGUGGCGACUGAAGCAAAGACAGAGCCUAAUACAACUGAGAGCGAGAGCAAGCAAUUGCAGGUAACUGAAACUGCAUCGGAUAUAAAGGGUAACAACGAUGAUGAUGCUAUCAUUUUGCUCUCGCCAUCCUGCUCGGAGGAUGAUACCAGUUCACAGAGUGCACCAGUGCCGAGUAGGCAGGAGACUGCUUUGCACGUUAAACCUGCCCUGGCGCCAACUGCCCGACGUGUUGGCCUGUCCAAGCCAAAGACGAACAAGCGAACCACCGCCACAAAGACUGCCAAAUUGGCUGAGAAUCAAACCAAGCUAAGCAUGUUUGGGUUCCAGCAGAGACCUGUUCUAAAAUAAAUCUCAGUAUUUUUAAGCUUAUUCUUUGUUCGUUGAGUGUCAGCAAUUUGUUUAAAAAAAUUUAUUAAGCGACAAAGAGUCUGUUUUUACUGCCCUAUUUAUAAUAAUUUAAUCAAAUAAAAAAGACUACUAUUAUUAAAUGGAACACAAAAAAACACUGAGAAGAAAACAUUCUUAAAUUUAGUUAACUCAAUAAAGAAAGUGUCAAUUGA